ACAAGGGUGCAAAAAGUGAUUGUCGUUGACUGUAAGCAAAAUGGGCAUGGUACAAAUAAUUUAACUUGGUGUCUUAUUUUGGUUUAAAUACAUUAAUGGCUAUUAAACUUAUUAACAUUUUCACUAAUUAGUCAUCAGAAAUCUGAAUACCAAAAAUUUAAAUAAAGUGAGAAAAAUAAUAUUGAGAAAAGUUAUGAGAGACAUGACAAAAGUUAUGAUCAACUUUCGUUCUGAAGAUUGGAUACACGAAUGUCUGUUGUACUCAAGACAAUUAUCGCCCAUAUAUUUUGAUGAAGGUGGAAUAACAGUCACUCUUUUGUUCCCUGUUGGCAAACAAAUGUUAGAAGAUCUGCCAACAGGUACAGACAAUUUGAUCCCAGGAAGUCCAGUAUUGCAGAAUGAUGAUCUUGGUAUGAACUGUACACAAAAUGCACUCAGUGUCAGCCAACAUAUUUUCCACCAUCCACUUUGUACCGAACCUUCUAAGGAAAGUCAACUAGAAAGCAAGUAUCUUCCAGAUAGGUUGACAAUAUGCAUUAUUCCAGAAAGAAAAUGUGAAUUGCUUAUGGAUGCACAUUUAUCGUUUUGUGUUUCUACUGAAUUGAAAAGAAGUAGAAAAUUCAGAAGAAGGUUUUUAAAAUACCUUGGCAAAAGGUAUGGAUUUUACACCCAUGAUGAUGAGUAUGACAGAAUGGACUUUUCUGACCUGCAGGAAUGUGAGUUUUUGAGUAUUGUCUAUAUGGUGGAUAUCACAACAGUUUGGCCAAAGCAAAGACUUGAUUACCCUUGGAAUCGUAGACUGCAGUGUCUGGUUGCCAAGAGACAGGUUUUAGAGGAAGUCAUGUACUGGCUAUCUACUCUCGGAGGAGCAUAUUCUUCACUGGGUGAUUAUUUUGAGAGUCAUGCUCAUGUUGCUGGGGAACUGUCCAAACAACAGCUGCAGAUCGCUGUGGAACUUGGUGAUCCCAUUAUUGCUGCCAAGUGCUGGAUAUUUUGGGCACUGAGUCUACUGCAAAGAGGACAUCUCAGGGAAUGUAAAAAAGUCGUCAGAUGUCAGUACGAGUUUGCCAUCAGAUGUACAGCACAUGAUCAGAGACUUAUCAACAUGUGUCUAGCUGUCUGGAGCAGACUUCAGUACGCAUACAAGCUCAGAAAAAUGAAACGACGUCAAGCAGUGUGAUCAAGAUUAUUUAUUGCAUGUGAUAAAUUUAUUUAUUGGGUUCAUAUUAAUACUGUCUUCUAUUAGAAGCCUUAUUAAUCUUUAUCUAACUGACUGUGGCCUCAGGGAACUGGACAUGGCUAAUUGUUUUAAAAAUAUUUACUUCCAAAAUUAUAACAGUUGUGUGUAUAUUAAGUGACAUUUUAUUUUAUUGUGAAAAAUUAAUUGGUUCUUGCUCUGCAGUGUAAAUUUAUUUUUACAUUUCAUUAAUUUAUCACAUUUUCUUACUCCAUUAAUUGGUGUUAAUCCACAAAUUUCUUUGAAGUUAAAUAGUAAAACAUACGUUAAUCAGAGAUUAGAUAAUGAUGUCACUUAAAACAAAUUGUUGCCAGUUAAAUACUCAAAUUUUACAUCAAAAUAAUUUUCAGUUGUCAUAAACUUUAGCAAGGGGCAAUGAAAAUUAUUUUAUGAGGGACAUAAAUUUGAUACAAAAUGGUAGCAAGUUUAAUAUCAUAUUUGUUACUUGAUAUAGAUUUAAAUUUUUUUUUUUUUUUUUUAAAUUAAGAGAAACUAAACAAAAUGACUUUACAAAAUAAUGCACAAGAAUCGGUGCUUAGUCAUAUUACACCUGAUUCGUCCUCAAUAAAGUACAGUCCAAAACAUGUAUUAUGUAACAUUUUGUGCAGUUGGAAUGAAAUUAAACAUUAUGAAACAAUUUUGACAAUUUAUGGGAGUCUGUGCCUAUGAUGACAGUUUUUGACAAUGUUAAUAUUGAUGAGCAUUGGCCAAUCAUAUGCACACGAGGUGUUACAUGCCACUUUAAGCUCUAGUGGGGCAUAACACUGAUACGAACCAAGAUCUUUUUAAUAAUAUCGGCAAUAAAUUAUUUGUGAUAAAAUGUGCCUUAUACCUGGUGAUUUAUCUGGUGCUACUGUAAUGGAUUGUGAAAAGAAAAUAAAUUAUUAAAUUUCA